AUGAGUUCGUUACGAAACAAUGCGAAUGAAUGGUCGGUGAAGGUUUUAGGUCUUUCGACCGAUGUAGGUGGUACUGAAUUGUCAAUACAAUUUGACGUUAACCCGCGACGUAUAAGUAUUCACAAGCCUCAGUCAGAUUCAUCUGAGCAGUAUGCAUUAAUCGGUGAGUUUUCAAGUGAAACUAAAGCUCUUGAAUUUGUCUCAGCAUGGAAUGAGGCAUUUCGUUUUGGACAAGCUGAGUUGAGGUGCGAACUUUACAGCGAACGAGACAAUGAGCGCAUACUAGACGAAUGCAGUAACAACAGAUCAAAUACUUCAAAUUCGAACCGUUCUAUUGAUGAUGAUGAGAAACCAUCAUGUUACGCUGAGCCAUCAAUCGACGAUCCAUAUGCUUCUCAACAGCGAUCGCGCUCCAAAGACAUACCGUGCCGUCACGGUGAUCAUUGUUUCAAUGCUGACUGUCCUUAUCGACAUUCUCCAAACUGGAAUGUAUGUAAGUAUGGGGCACAAUGCACAAGCUUUCAUUGUACAGCAAAUCAUCCACGCACUCGUAAGGAUAAAUGUAGAUAUGGGAGUGGAUGUCGAACAAAUAGCUGUGCCUUUCUGCAUCCGAACAGGAAUUCUGAUGAUAAACGAUCACGAAAGGAUCGAUCAAUUUCACCUGUUCGAUCGCGCGACGAUGAUUCUUCUCAGAAAUCUUGCAGUACAACAAAUGAAAGAUCUAAUGAUCAGCGAAGACAAUCAUACCAACAUUGCAAAUCUGAGGAGACACGAAUGAAUGAUCGGCAGAACGCAUCACCAGCAAUUUUUGCAGCAAGAACUGAAUUUUGUGAACGCCUUCAGAACGAGAGGAUACUGAUCGUUGUAGGUGAAAUAGGUACUGGCAAGAGUACUCAAUUGCCGCAGUAUGCAGCUGAAUGCUUUCCGGAUGAUCUCAUCGUUUCUGUUCAACCGCGACCAGUGUCAGCUAUGCUUCUAGCAAAUCGAGUCGCCGAUGAAUAUGAUGGCGCACCCGCAGGCAACUCAGUUGGCUAUCAGAUUGGAUACGAUCAUAAGCGAAAGAACGAUUGUGUAGUCGGCACGAAUAUAAUGUUCAUGACAGAUACAGUUUUUCUAUAUGAAUAUCAGAAAGAUCCGAAUUUGAGUCGCAUACGCGUAUUGAUCGUCGAUGAAGUUUACGAACGAUCGUUAAAUAUAGAUAUUAUCAUUGGUAUUGCUAAACUUGUAUUAAUGAAUCGACCAACGGACUUCUACAUUGUUAUCGCUUCGACAACAACGAAUCUACAAUUAUUCGUAGACUAUUUCGAUGUUUCUUCCGCUUUAGUCGUUCGUCCAAAGAAUCCAACAUAUUCUGUCCCUGUUGAAAAUCGAUUGCCGCCCGACGGCUGUCCAAAUCACAAACUUAUCGAAGUACAUGUCAUACCCACUCUGUUAAAUUUCUAUCACAAACAUCGAGAACAUACAAUUGUAUUUUUGCCCGGUCAACGAGAUAUUGAAAAAGCAAUUCAAGUUUUUUCCAAUGAUAUACCGAAAGAUUGCAUUGCACUGCCACUUUAUGGAUCACUGUCAUACGAAGAGCAUAGGCAGAUCUUAGAAUUCGACAGCAAAUCGCCAGACAAACGAAUGGUUCUCUUUUGUGCGAAUAUUGCUGAAACAUCAAUACCAGUCAGGAACAUUCAACUUGUUAUUGAUACUGGUUUUAUACGUCAAUCGCGUUUCGAUGCACAAUAUAACUGGAACGUUUUGGAAACAGUGCGCAUAUCGCGCUGUUCUGCCAGUAAACGUCGAGAUUUAGUCAGCCAUUCGAAAUAUGGGCGAUGUGUCCGCUUAUAUGAUGAUAGAGACCUGAAAGAUGAGUGCAUCGAGCCUGAAAUUCUUCGUGUUUCGUUCGAGCUUCCUCUUCUUCAAUUCAAACGUUUAAAUAUUGAUCUACAUACAUUUCCAUUUGUAACGAAACCUCUUACAAACACAAUACAUCAUUCGACAGAUGUUUUAACACAGUUAUGUUGUCUUGAUAAACAUAAUGACAUAACACUACGCGGCCAACUUUUUUCCGAACUGUCGAUUGAUCCUCGUCUAAGCGCGUUCAUGACCAAUAUUUAUACCGAACAGACCGAAAGUCAACGCUUACUACCAUUGAUAACUACUAUUGCUGCAAUACUGUCUACACCCGGUUCGUUGUUUUCAUCGAAAGGAACUGUGGAUCGUCACGAUGUUGAUUUACAGCACAGCGCCACACUGGAUAAUAAUAAAUGUAGUAGUGAUCUGUUUCGUCUUUGCUCGAUGUUUGACGAAUGGAAAUCUGCUGGUGAAAUUGACCGAAAAACCAACAAAUGCCAACGAUGCCGUAAAACAUUCCCAAGUGAUGUAGAUUAUUGCCAAUCGUGUCGUAUUAAACAUUCAUCCAUGAAUGGGCUCAAUAACCAAAUUCUUGAGCAUAUCGAAAGUUCAACAGAAUUCUACAGAGGAACAAUCACAGAUCCACGCUGGAAUUUAAAAACUGGAAGUCGAUCGUUUCAUAAAAAAUGGUCCGAUGGCGAUAUCAUUGGUAAACAUCUGGCCAAAGUUUUCCCUACACACGUCGGCCAUUUACUCGUACCACAUCUACCUAACGAAGGUGCUCGUCUCAUUGAAAGCGAUAUACGUGUGACUAUCGCCAAUAGAAGUAUUUAUACUCAACAUGCACAUGAAUGUGCACAGCAGUAUUUCGUUGCUACACUUAUCACACAGGUAUCAUCUGGAAGAUAUACUAUCGAUCGACUGCAUCAAAUUCCGACCCGCGAUGUUCCCGUCUCACCGAUGCAGCAAAUACUCGUACGCGAAAAUAUCGGAGAAUCGACUGGCAAUAAGAUUCGAGCUGAGCUGAGCAAUAUCUUGUCGGAAUCAUGGGCAAAAUGGCUCGUGUACGACUACGAUCGAUUAUCAUCUCGUUUGGCCGUUUGGGGUUUGAAAGGCGAUCAAGCUCGGUUAGAAUCGAUUUUAGCGCCGAUGUUAUCGAGAGCAAAUAUAAAAAACAUCGAGUGUGGUUCUGUUCGAGCGACAUUUCAAAAUGGUUUGAUUUGCUCAGCUGUAGAAAUUAUGGAGGACGAUCUUCGACUUUGUCUGCAACGAGUUCCAUGUGAAACAUUCGACGAAUUACAAGUCUGGUUUAGAAUCAAACUGAACAUCACUCGACAUGAUAUUCGAGAGAAUAACUUUCAAGAAUGUAAAACCAAACACAAAAAUAGCAGUGACGAUGACGACGACGACGACGAUGACGAUGCCUACGAAGCACCACCGUUUUACAUUGUACUGAAGUCAACAGAAGCUUUUCAAAGAGCAAUAGCCAAUCUGCCAGCACAUCAUAUAUGCUCUCAACAAGCUUUAUCGCUAUCGACUACAGGAACACAUAUGGAUGAAAAAGAUUCAUGGGGUCGCCGGUUAGUAUUAACCAUUCCUGCCAGUAGCACUUCUACCAAUGGCAAAGACAUCUUAAAUCGAUUGAUUCCGCAUGCUGUCGAUUGUCAUGGAUUGGGCCAGCGAAGAAGCAUACGGGAUCAGCCAGGUAUUCAAUUGAUUAAUUUACCGAGAGACACAGACAAAUCAUUCGUGCGAAAAAUUUUACAACCGAUCAAUCCAUUAAAGAUCAGUUUACGACAAACACAUAAGGAUAAUAUAGGCUCAUCAUCAGCUCAUAUUUUCUUUGCUGAUCAGCAGCAGUGUCAACAAGCGAAAGCGACUCUGCAGUCUGGCUUUUGUCAAAAACCAAUAACAAUUACUGUCCGAAGUCAAGCAAACCGUCAACUCGUACAAAAAAGUGUCACGCCAACUCUCAGUGACUUAGCGAGUAAACAUUCUAAUGGCCAGAAAUUUCUCGUCACAGCGACGCAUCGUGAGUCAGCACUUCGAUUAUACAAAGAAAUCAUUCCAAAACUGGAGAGUUCAUGGACAAUUGACAGUUCAGCAACGGUGACUGUUACUCAUCCUCAUCUUUAUCCUGAUUUCGAUGCACUUAUCGCCCAAAUCGCCAAACAGUUUGCGGUUCAAGUUCAACAGCAACCCGUCGUUAAAAGACAACGAAAUGGCCAUACUGCUGUUCGAUGUUUCUUUAGCAACGGUAGUCCACAAAAGACAGCCGCAGCGGCAGCUAUGCUUUCUCAAGCAACAUCGCCAAUUAUCAUCAAGAUGACAAGCGAUCGACAGAAACAACUGUUUGAUGAACUUUUCUCACGGAAUAUUAUUCAAGAGUGGGCAACUAAAUUAAAACUCGAAGUUUGCCGAAGAGAAAGAUCACACGUAUGGAUUGAAAUUCGUGGUCCACAAGUACAACAAGGUGAGCUCAUGCGUCAAAUAGGCGAUUAUUCCGAUAAAUUCGAUGAACGAUUCCGUGUACUUGAGUUAAAGUCAACAGUAGCUAACUUUUUUGGACGUAGGAAACUAGCGGAUGUUCAGCUUGAAGCUCUCAACGAUACUUGGUCAAAUUGGGGUUGUUCUGUGGCUUAUAAACCGAAAACGAGAUCGAUUAUUAUCUACGCAGAUCCAGAUGCCAGUCAAUCAUUGAUCGAUUCGUGCGUAACAGAAGUGAAACAGUUACUAACAAAGCUUUCUGCCGAUGGUAAUGUCACUCGAGACCAGCAAAAAUGCGUGUUUUGUGGAAAGUUAUCAUAUUCAACAAAUACAUUACGGGCCUGUGGUCAUGCGUAUUGUCGAUGCGCAUCAACUCAUUUAAGUUCAACUUAUCCCUUACAAUGUAACGAACCGAAGUGUAAAGCGAAUAUCGCUAUAGAAGACUUAUUUGAAAUCUUUCUUGAACGAGAAGCACUUCUAACCGUGUGUAAAAAGGCCAUACAAAUUUAUUUUAAUAAUAAUGCCAAAACUUUGGAUCAAGCCUUUUGUCCGAGCACGGAGUGUUAUGCUUUAAUUAAAAAAUCACGUGGUUAUCAAACAUGUUUUUCUUGUGGACGAGAUAUCUGUCCAUCUUGUUCCGUGAUUGACAAUGAUGCGCACAUUGGAAGAACGUGCAAAGAGCGUGAACAGUUCGAAAAAAUGGGUGACUUUCUCACUAAUUUGUUUAAAACCGCUGAGAAAUUUGCACGUGAUAAUUGGUUGCCCACCUUACCACCUAUAAUUCGCGUUGAUUAUAACAUGGCACUGGUAGAUCACUGUGCAUCGCUGAAACGAUUCUACAAAGGCGCUGAGUCUCUAGGCUUUUCUGCACCACCUGAUAUGGCACGAGGAUUCUUUGCAUUUCAUGGCACGGCUGCAACAGCUAUCAAACCGAUCUGCACCGACGGUUUUGAUCCUAAACGUCGCAGUGGUCAAGCUUGUGGUCCCGGUGAGUACUUCGGUGUAACAGCAGCAAUCUCUCACGGUUAUUGCCGUCCACUGAGUCCACAAGGACCGUAUUCUAUGAUCAUCGCCUUUCUACUCAACUGUCCUCAGUUGAGCACCCGACCAGGCUUUUGUCACGUGAUGAAUAACCCCAUUGAUUGGUCAGCCGCUUACAAUGCACCGGUGGUUGUCGUUUCCUAUGGCACCCAGUCUAGUUGUCAAUCACCAUUAGCAAGUUAA